UCAGCCAUUUGGAGUGGAACCCUAGCUUAGAUCUCCUCUAGAAGAAGACUAUAAUCAUCUAAGUUCCUAUUUUUUAUUCAUUUUCCCUAGAGAUUUUUGUUCUACAAACAAUAAAUAGCAACCAAGAGUCUUAUUAUAUGAAAUUUCUGCAAAGUUCCAGCCAAGAACCUUUUCCCUCCAUUUCUUUUAGCUCACAACUCUUAUCUUUUUGCUUUGAUGCUCUAGUUCACACCCUUGGGAAGAAGACUAAUCCAGUUGGGUGUAUAAAAAAGUGGAGGGAAGUUAGAAACAAGCAUAAAUCGUGCAACCUACAGCUUGAAGAGGAUUUAUUGAAGUGCAAGAGGAAACAAUGGUUGGGCUUGGAGUAUGGCACUACCGAACAAUAAUAAGCAACACAAAUGUCGGGGCCGACCCUCUAGCCAAAAUAUAGAGAACCAGCAGGAGACCCCAAGAGACAUGGAGGAACUCAUAAAUGCAAUUGCAAGCUUAAUAGAGCCAUUUACAAGUGGCCAAACUGAGGCACAGAGGCAAACUCAACAGCCAAAUGCCUUUGAUCAAUUCUGUAGACAGCAUCCUCAACUAUUUGAUGGUAAGGGGAAUGAAACAGAUGUUCACAACUGGAUUAAGCGACUAGAGAAUAUUUUCAGUGUAGUUCCAUGCACAGAACAUCAAAAGGUGAAAUUUACUUCUUACAACUUAUCAAACAUGGCAAAUGGAUGGUGGGAGUCCACUCAUGGACUUAUUCGGCAAGAGUUAGUUGAGGCAACUCCAAUUAUGUGGAAAAAAAUCAAAGAAGCCUUCAACGACUAGUUCUUUCCUCUGUCUAUUAGAGAAGCUAAGGCUUUAGAGUUUGCAUAUCUGAAGCAGGGGUCUAUGAUUGUAAGACAGUAUACCUAUAAAUUUAUAGAACUUUCGAGGUUUGCUUAGU